AUGUCUGACAGUCCUUUGAGCAAGAAACAGAAACGCGAUUUAGAAGAAAAAACGCCCGAACCUGCCUCACUUCCGGAUGUAACACCGACCCAUUCCCAUACGUCUGAAAGCAUUUCAAAUGAUGAAAAUGACGAUAUUGAAGCUAUGCCAUCCAAUAUAUCUUAUUCGAAAUCUAGGACACCUAGAAAAUUAGUGAUUGGCUCAACCGAUAAUAGAUUUGCCUUUUCACAGCCGUUAAAUUCAAAUCCAACUUCAUCACUCCAAGUACCGACAUUACAACCUCCAUUGACACAACAAAGUCGGUCUGGGCGUAAAAUUAAAGCGUAUUCACAAUCACCACCGAGAUCACCUGGCAGAUCUCAAGGUAGAUCACCUACCAGAAAAUUAGAAUUGAUUCAAUUAUCACCAAUUAAAAACAGUAGAGUUGAAUUACAGAAAUUAUAUAGUGCACACAAUUUGAAACUGAAAAAGGAAGGAAGAUUAUAUAUUAAUAAAUUGGUUUUAAAUGAUUUUAAAUCGUACGCUGGGAGACAAGUAGUUGGCCCAUUUAGUACUAGUUUUUCUGCAAUCGUUGGCCCUAACGGUUCCGGGAAAUCAAAUGUUAUUGAUUCAAUGUUAUUUGUUUUUGGAUUUCGUGCGAAUAAGAUGAGACAAGAUAGAUUGGCUGACUUGAUUCAUAAAUCUGAAAAAUAUCCAAAUCUUCCGUCAUGUUCAAUAGAGGUUCAUUUUCAAUAUGUCAACGACCUCCCGGAUGGUUCAACAAAGGUUGAUACUGAGAAGGGCGAUUUAGUCAUUACCAGAAGAGCUUUUAAAAACAACUCUUCUAAAUAUUAUAUUAAUGGCAAAGAAAGUAACUAUAAAACUGUAACAGAGUUAUUGAAACAAGAAGGUAUUGACUUAGAUCAUAAAAGAUUUUUAAUUCUACAAGGUGAAGUUGAAAAUAUUUCACAAAUGAAAGCCAAGGCCGAGAAGAAUAAUGACGACGGUUUGCUGGAAUAUUUGGAGGAUAUAAUCGGUACAACUAAGUAUAAACCCUUGAUUGAACAGAAUGCGGCAGAGAUGGAAUCUUUAAACGAUAUCUGUAUUGAAAAAGAGAACAGAUUUGAAAUCGUCGAUCGAGAUAAGACGUCGUUAGAAAAGGAUAAAGAUGCAGCACUUGAAUAUUUAAAAAAGGAGAAACAACUUACUUUAGCUAGAUCAAAGAAAUUACAACUUCAAAUAUUCGAAUCCAAUAUGAAGUUGAAGAAUUCUUUAGAUAAGGUCACCGAAUUGAAUUCACAGUUAGAACGAGAAAAGGAAAAAUUUGAGUCUCAACAACAACAGAUUUCUUCACUGGUAGAAUCACAUGAUCGAAAGAAUAAAGAAUUAAAUAAAAUUGCUUCCGAAGAGAAAGAUAUGAAUAAGGACAAAAGAGAGAAAAAAACGAAGGAAGUAUCCGUUGAAGAAAUGUUGAAAAAUUUAUCACACAAGAAAAGAAAAGCUGAAAAGUCUCUAAAAUCAACACAAGAGAAGAUUAGCGAAUGCGAGACACAGUUGUCAAAUUUUGAAGAAGAGUCUACAGAGGAUGAAGAAAUAUUACAGAACUUAAAUACUGAGUUGGAAGAAGAGAAAAUCAAAUUGGAAAAUAUUAAAAUUUCCUUAAAGGAAAAAACUAGCAACAUAUCCGAAGAUAUCACAAAAUAUGAAAACGAAUUAGAACCAUGGAAAGUUAAGAUGCAGGAGAAAACACUACAGAUACAACUGAUGGAAUCCGAGAUAUCCGUCCUACAAGAAGUGCAGAUGGACUUGGAGAAAGAUAUAGCUAAUACUAAGAGCGAGAUCAACUCCAAGGCACAAGCUAUUGAUGAGAACCAAAAAAUGGACGAAAAACUAAUUGACGAACAACAAGCUUUAAAGAAAGAAAUAUCUGUAGGUGAAAGAGAAUGUAGAACAGCUAAAGAAAAAUUGAAAGAUAUGCAGUCUGUACUAAACACACAAAGACAACGAGCUGCCGAGGCAAGAUCUGCUCUAUCUAGCGUUCAAAAUAAAAAUAAGGUUUUUGCAGCACUUUCAAGAUUGCAAAAAUCUGGUCGUAUAUCUGGUUUCCACGGUAGAUUAGGUGAUUUGGGUAUUAUACCUAAAAAAUAUGAUAUUGCUAUCUCAACUGCAUGUCCUCGUCUAGAUGAUAUAGUUGUGGAGACAGUUGAAUGUGGCCAACAAUGUAUCGAAUAUUUGAGAAAGAAUAAAUUAGGUUAUGCAAGGUUUAUCUUAUUGGAUAAAUUAAGACAUAUGAACACCAAUCCAAUUCAAACUCCAAUUGAUGUACCCCGUCUAUUCGAUCUUAUACAGCCACAACAAGAAAAGUUUAUUCAGGCCUUCUAUUCAGUUCUAAGAGAUACUUUGGUUGCCAAGGAUCUUAACCAGGCAAAUAACGUUGCUUAUGGCAAGAGGAGGUACAGAGUCGUUACUCUAGAUGGUCAACUCAUUGAUAUUUCUGGUACAAUGAGUGGUGGUGGGAACCAGGUAUCACGUGGUUUGAUGAAAUUGGGAGAUAAAUCUACUGUUCAGAUGGAAAUGUAUACUGCUGACGACGUACAUAAGAUUGAAAAUGAACUAGACGAGAGAGAAAAGAAUUUUAAAGUAGCAAAUGAUACAUACCACGAAAUGGAAAUGGAACUCACAAGGCUAAAGGAUAGGGAACCUCUAGUUGAAUUGGAAAUAUCGAAGUUAUCCUUAGAUCUAGACUCCUUAAAAAGUGAAGUUCAGAUUCUUAAUAAAAGUCUUGAACAAAAACUCACAUCAUAUGCGACCGCCCAAAACAAUAAUGACGAGGUCAAUGAAGCCGAGGGAAAGCUUAAUAAUCUUAGAAAGGAACUAUCCGACUUAGAAAAUCAAACCAAGAAAACUCAAGAAAAACUUCAACAAUUAAGGGAGAAGAUCAUGGAAAUUGGUGGGAUAAAUUUGCAAUUGCAAAAUUCAAAAGUAACUUCGCUUUCAGAUCGAAUCGACACCACACAACGUAAAUUAAAAAAGAAAAAAUCAGAGAUAAAGAAAAAAGGAAAUGAGAUCAAGAAAUUGAAGAAAACACUUGACACUACAAUGAUUGAACUGAAUUCGAGCGAAAUAGAGAUAACUAAGUUAGAAAGUCAUCUUUUAGAGACAAAAGAAAUCAUUUCACAAUUAGAAAUUGCUCUAGAGAGCAUGCUAACCAAAAAAGAAGAUGCGGACGAUAAAAUCAAGGAGCUCAAAGAAAAAAUAUCUGAAUUUGAAUUAGAUCAGAACCAGUACCAAUCGUUUAAACUUGAAGUCGAGAACAAAUUAGAAAAAUUAAACAAACUCGUCAAUUAUGUGAAAAAAGAAAUCAAGGAUUUUGAUACGGAUUUGAAUAAUUUAUCGAUAAGAGAUGUAACAAAAAUUUUACAACAGUUAGAUGAAGAAAAAACUGAAAAUUUAUCUAAAGGAACAGAUGAAAUAUUAUCCAAGGAAAAUACCUCCAAUGGAUCACCCAGUACGCAAACAAAUACAAAUGAACAUACCGAGCCUAAUGUUAACUAUCCUGAAAAAAAUGAUGAUGGUAAUAAUAACAACAUUAAUGAUGAUUCCAUGGAUGUCGACGCGCCACAGGGUGAAAUUUCUGAAGGCAUACAAAAACUAAGCGAGUCUGAUCUUCAGAAUAUUGACAAGGAUAGAUUAGACCAAGAAAUCAUUGCCCUGGAGGAGUACCUCAAUACCACCAACGCAAAUAUUGACAUCUUAGAGGAGUAUGUAAAAAGAUUAAUUGAAUAUAGAAGCAGGAAAAAUGACCUAAAUGAUGCUAUUGAAAAAAGGGAUAAGAUUGGAAAGAUACUAGAAGAUUUAAAAACUAAAAGAUACGAUGAGUUCAUGAAAGGUUUUGGUAUCAUUUCAAUGACAUUGAAGGAAAUGUACCAAAUGAUCACAAUGGGUGGUAAUGCAGAAUUGGAAUUGGUUGAUAGUUUAGAUCCUUUUUCAGAAGGUGUUACAUUCAGCGUGAUGCCACCCAGGAAGAGUUGGAGAAACAUUACCAAUCUGUCAGGAGGUGAAAAAACACUGAGUUCAUUAGCUUUGGUAUUUGCUUUGCACAAGUACAAGCCAACACCAUUAUAUGUAAUGGACGAAAUUGAUGCAGCUCUUGAUUUUAGGAACGUUUCUAUUGUUGCAAAUUAUAUAAAGGAAAGUACGAAGAAUGCUCAAUUUGUUGUUAUUUCGUUAAGAAACAACAUGUUUGAACUAGCUCAACAACUUGUUGGUAUAUAUAAGAGGGAUAAUAUGACAAAAAGUGUCACCCUACAGAACGAAGACAUUUUUGGAGAGAGUGUCUAG